CCCGCUUCCACCGCCCCAUCUUUCUUAUUCUCAUUCACCUCGGUCCUCGGUCCGGCAUUGACCCUGAACAAAUAAUCCAUCCGAUCGUGUGCUUCCUCUGCUUUUCCUCGAGACAUGUAAUGCUUAUGUGUCCAACCAAACUCGCUUUAACGUAUAUCUCUCGGAAAGUUAUUGCAAAGGCUGAGCUGAACAAUGUCUGAAUCAGCCAAUGAAACUCCCCGCCGCUUCAAGAAAGUAGCGGCUCGGAUCUUUCAUAGAAUUGUAGAGCUGGCUGCUCGUCUUCUCUUCAGUAUAAUUUAUUAUGGCUCAAAUGAAAAAGUCCCACCAAUUAAUAACAUUCUUCUAUUAGAGUCUGCUUCGUCAUUAGCUUUUAAAAUUCGAACCAAAAAGGUUUCAAGUGUUGAAGUUGUUGAAUCAUUCAUUGCAAGAAUCAAAGAAGUGAAUCCGAUUAUUAACUCAAUGGUUGAUAAUCGGUUUGCUGCUGCUUUAGAAGAGGCAAAAUCAGCUGAUGAACUUAUUGCAUCUGGUCAGAAGUCAGAGACUGUUCUUGCAAAAGAAAAACCAUUUCUUGGUGUUCCAUUCACCACAAAGGAAUGUCUACAAUCUGAAGGGUUGAGUUUUUCUGCUGGACUUUACAAGAGACGUGCAAUUAAAGGCACAAGAGAUGCUGACGCUGUUGCUUGUAUGAAAAAGGCGGGUGCCAUUCUUCUUGGUGUUACCAACGUUUCAGAGCUUGCUAUGUGGUGGGAGAGUCAUAAUUAUGUCCAUGGAAGAUCCCGAAAUCCUUAUAAUGCGAGCCGAAUCGUUGGUGGUUCAUCUGGAGGAGAGGGAGCUGUCUUAGCUGCUGGUGCUUCUCCCAUUGGAAUUGGCUCUGACAUAGGUGGUUCCAUUCGUAUGCCUUGUUUUUUCAAUGGCAUCUUUGGUCACAAGCCAUCGAAAUUCAUUGUAUCUAAUGAAGGUCAGUUUCCCAGUCCAAGUGAUGAGGACCAUGCUUCUUUCCUCGGAUUGGGGCCCAUGGGACGCUAUGCUUCUGAUCUUUUACCAAUUUUGAGAGUUGUUGCUGAUAAAAAUGCAUCUAAACUUAAAUUGGAUUCCCCGGUUGACAUGAAAAAAGUAAAAGUAUUUUAUGCAGAAGAUGACGGAGGAUCUUCAUUUAUAAGUCCAGUUGAUCCUGACAUAAAAGCUUCUCUACGAAACGUAAUCACCUAUUUGGAAAAAGCUCAUGGGAUUAAGGCUCAAAAGGUGUCAUUGAAACCCCUUAGCAUGUCUGGUCCAAUUUGGCUGGCAAGAAUGAAGAGCAGAUCCGGUUCUCGUUUUGCCCAAGAACUGUCCAAUAAUGAAGGAAACCUUAACAUUGCAUGGGAACUUUUAAAAUGGCUCCUUUGUAUGUCCCACCACACAUUAAUUGCGCUUUUUACCGUUGUAAUGGAAGGCUUUGGUGUGAAGUAUGGGAGUCCUAAGCAUCAGUACCUUGUGGAACAAAGCAAACAACUACAAAUGCAGCUUACUGAUAUGCUUGGAGAUGAUGGUGUUUUCUUGUACCCGACUCAUCCAACACCUGCGCCAUUUCACAAUGAACCUCUUAUCAAGCCGUUUAACUUUGCUUAUGCUGGUAUAUUUAAUAUAAUGGGAUUUCCAGCAACGCACAUUCCUCUCGGCCUUGGUUCAGAGGGUCUUCCUAUAGGAAUUCAGGCUGUUGGAACAUAUGGUAAUGAUCACCUAACCAUUGCAAUGGCUGUGGAAUUGGAAAAGGCAUUUGGUGGUUGGGUUCCCCCAUCUGUUACUGUGUAAAAUGAAUGCUAAUGAAAUCUCUUUAACUAUGUAUUCCAAAUUUGUUAAGUAUUUUAAUCAUAUUUUAUUUGCAUUUUUUGAAUUCCAUUUUGUAAGAUACUUGAUGACAAUAUUCUUACUUUUUAAAGAUUUGUUUUGUUACCCAAUAUAAUUACAAUGAAUUAAGAUUAAGAGAAUGUUGUUGUGCAUAUGAGAGAUUUCACAUUUUGGCUAAAUACUUCUGUUCUUCACUGAGGCUCGGAAUUUUAUGACUUACUUUUUGUGAACUGGCUAAAUUGUCAUGCAAGUAUGGCUGAAACACCUGGUUACAUAUAUCUUCUGGAAGUUCGGUUGUGAAAUGAGCUUUCAGCAGAAAGUUCAACCCCUUUCUCAAAUAAUGGAAAGAGUUUGUUGCUAUUUUUUUAAUUAUAGAGGAAUGAUAAUGUGUGUAGGACACAUGUUCUUGCCCUACCUUAUCCCAUAAUUAUGAUCCUUAUCUUAAAAAAUUCUUCUGUGCUGCCAAAUUUAAACAAAACAAAAAUCAGGAAAUAAUUAAGUUGUUAACUUGUGAUGGUAGCGUUGCUACAGUUAUUGCAUAUUUGUGAUUUGUAAUACUUUGUAUCAAGAUCUCUCUUCUUUUGUUAUGAUUUUAUUUUGCACCUAUUACUGGUUUUCUCUCAAUCACCAAACAGCGAUAAUAAACUUGUCUCAUUGAAAGAUUUAUUGCUGUGAAAAUUACAAUGAAAAAUGUUUUUUUUUUUAUUGAACUAUGUAGUACUAUGUAGUACUCUUGUGGUCAUUAGUUGAUGUUAUUCUGUUUUUAUUUGUGCCGAAAACCUUAGACAAGUCUUUCUGUUCCAAAUGUCUUCAAUCGGUGUCACAGUUUGUUUCUAGAUGCCAAAUUUUUGAUUACCUGUGGUCCAUUGUUCGUUGGUUCAGGCAAUUGUGGAAUUGAAAAACUUGUUUCUCAGGUCCAACAUUGGCUUGUCUUAUGCCAUGGUAUGAAUUGUAAGUUGCUAGGAUUUUGGACCUUGGGGAUCCAAAAUUAUGUUGCUAGUGGGUUACUGUGACGCCAUAUCUCUUGGGUCAAAUGACACUCAAAACAUUCUUUAGUCAUUGUGCUUUCUUGCCAUUUUCCAUAGUUUUAAGAAAUUCAUAAAGGAUACUAAACUGUUGUAUUAACAUAUCUCCUUUACAAAAUUUUGGAGUAUUUUCAGUAUUUUUAACUCAAAACACUUGCAGUAUUAUGUCUGUGUGUAUCCUCAUGUACCUUCAAUAACAACUUUUUGAACUAGUGGAAAGGAGGAGUAAUGUACCAAGAUGUUGUAUUAUUUUUUGUAUCACUGCUGUUUACUGCAGUGGAUGCCAAUUCUGAAAUUAAUGCCACUUACAUUAGAUACAGAGUAUAUUAAAUUUACAUUGAAUUGUUGAGAAAUUUAUCAUGUUUUCUAUUUGUAUGUUAAUCAUUUUAUUUGUAUAUGAAUAUCUAUAUUUUUUAACAAAUGUUUAGCUACAUUGUUAUUGUAAGCUUUGGUAGGGAGUUUAUUGGAGCACUGCAUGAUGGAAUGUAUCUCAUAUUGCACUAACAAAAUUUGUAUCAUAACGAAAUCUAAUAAACAAAGACACAGUUGAA